AUGAGCGAACAGCUGAAAUUCAUCGUGGAACAACUUAACAGAGAUCCUUUCAAGAAAAACCUAAAUCUCAUCACGUUCGAUUCCCUUAAACCGAUGCAGCUGCUGCAGACUUUGAAUGACGUCCUUUUUGAAAUAGAUUCAAAGCAACCUAUAGAUAUCCGUGAAGAAGCGGUGGAACAAACUGUGAAGAGAUUGUGUGCUAUGCUGGGGAUGCUGAAAUACAAACCUCCUGGCAGCCUAUCCGAUGUGAGCACCUUCAGACAGGGUCUGGUGAUGGGCAGCAAGCCUGUGAUCCACCCUAUCCUCUACUGGCUGCUCCAGAGGGUCCCUGAGCUCAAGAAGAGGGCUUACCUCGCUCGGUUUUUAGUGAAACUGGAGAUUCCUCAGGACUUCCUACAAGAUGACGUCGUCAAUGACUCUUAUCAACAGUAUGAAGAGAUGGUUGAAAUAUUUAAGACGUAUCACAAAGAGUGUGAACAGAUGAGGACUGCUGGUUUCUCUACCGCAGAAAUCAGAAGGGACAUUAGCACAAUGGAAGAAGAGAAGGUGCAGCUUACUAAACGUGUGGAGAGGUUGAGGAAGAAGGUGGAGACAGUGUCUGUUUAUCAGCCGAUGCUUGAACAAGCCAGACAGCUGCGUAUGGAGAAGGACAGAGAGGAGUCACUCAUUCAUCAGAAACAACAACAGGAGAACCAGCUGUUUCAGACAGAACAGAGACUACAGAGGCUGCAGCAGCAGUUGAAGGAUUUGCGACAUACAGCAGCAGAUACCAAUCCAGACAUCUUAAUGAAUAGACUGGAAGAGGACGUCAAGAUCAACACCUACAUGGUGUCUGAGAAACUGCCCAGAGAGCUGGAGGCUAUGAGGCGCAUGGUGCAGUACCUUCAGAAGAUGGUGUCAGAACCUGCUGUGGGCCAGGACGACCUCCAGGAGCUGUGGAACAAGAUUAAGGAUGUUGAGUCUCAGAUAAACCAUCUUAUGGAGAAGAGGAUGAUGAGAAAUGACCCUAUGGAAGACAAACUGUCUCUUUACAGACAACAGGCUUCAAUCAUUGUUCGCAAGAAGGAGGCGAAGGCAGAGGAGCUUCAGGAAGCCAGGGAGGACCUAGCGGCAGCAGAGAGGGAGCUGCAACAGAGAACCAAGCGGACACAACCUUCUGAUGGAGAAGAAGUCAUCCGGGGUGAUGAGCAGAAACACCUGGUGACGAAGUUACGCAGCAAAGGAAUUCUGUACAAGAACAAACGUCAGGAAAUCGCUGAACUGAAGACAGAAUAUGGAGUGUUGCAGCGAACAGAAGAAAUUCUCAGACAGAAGCACGAGGCUGUACAAGAGAAACUGCAAACUUUGGAAGCUGAGAAGGGAAUCUGCGGCUACAGCGACACUCAGGACGAACUGGAGAGAGUGUCGGCUGUCAAGAGCGAGUUAGACGAGAAGAAGAGCCGCACACUUGAUGACAUGUCAGAAAUGGUGAAGAAAUUAAACGCCAUGAUAGCAGAGAAGAAGUCGGCUCUGGCUCCUGCUAUAAAACAGCUGAGGUCACUGAGACAGCGCAGUCAGGAGAUAAGCCAGGAAUACGAGGAAAAGAAAGCCCAGUAUGAAAGUUCUGCCGCUGGCCUGGAGAGCAACAGAUCUAAACUGGAACAGGAGGUGAAAACAUUAACAGAGGAGACGGCACAAGAGGAAAACCAAUACCAUUAUCUCACCUCUAUGUCAGAGACCAUUCAGCUGCAGAUGCAGCGGGCACUCGAAGAGACGAAUGCGUACAUGUCCUCUGAUCCUCAAGAAAGGAAGAAGACUAUCAGGGAAGUCUACAUGAGGAACAUUGCAGAACAGGAGUCACUUGGAAAGACAUUGCGUGAGAAGCAGAAGCUGGUGAGGGAGAGCCACGGCGACAGCAUGGAGCAGAUGAAGAUGUGGCGUGACCUGGAACAGCUGAUAGAGUGCAAGCAGCAGUGUUUUAUCCGAGCCCAGAGCCAGGCGUCUGUUGGUCAAGUGAUCCAGGAGGGAGGAGGUGCCAGACUGGUGCUGUAGGCAGGGCCAGCGUGCACAUCACCUACACUCUCCAUCCAUCCAUCCAUUUUCUGUACCCGCUUACUCCAAUUAAGGG